GGUUAUACUAAAGUUUAAAAUAGUAAAUGAGACUUUAAUUGAUUAAGGACUACAUUUUAAAGAAAUGAAAAAAGUAAACUUUAUCGUGGGUUAGGAAGGACGAAAAGAAUAAGUUUAAAUUUGAAAGUAAGAAAUUUCUGAAGCAGCAUCAUAUUCGAUCGUAAAAAUCAACAAGCAGCGUUAGGUUAUAAAAGAGUGCACGAGAUAUAAUGAAUGACUUUUAGAAAGAAGAUAUCUGACGCUGGAGAAGUAAAUGUGUCAAAAAUGAGUCUGGUCGUGUAAAUAAGAGAAAUAUUCACGAGAUGGCAGCAAAAUGUUCUGUAGAAGGAUUGAAAUUGUCAGACAAGGAUGCUUUUUUGCGAACCUCGUCCGCUGGGUCAGAGUCACCGCAUGCCUUUUAACAAUUAACAAGUUAGAAAACCCGGUUAGCCGAUGCAUCUGGUUUUCGCCACGUAUAUUUCCUGAAGCACAAAUCAGAACAGGAGAUCAUAGAAGAGAUUACGUCAACAAAGAAAUGGACAAUUGUCUUGCAUCUCGAGGAAUUAUCAUGGAAAUACGGCAUCAUAUGCACCUGAACAGAACGGAAAAUCGGAGCACGACAAUCGGUCAAUUGUCGAAAGCGCACGAACAAUGCUGCAAGCGAAUGUACCUUUCAGUCUUUGUGGCCGAAGCAGUAAAUAUUGCUGUUUUCACUCUACACUGAACAGCGUAAAUUUAAAAUCUUGGAAUAACGCCAUAGAAAAUAUGAA